CACUAAAAAUAUUUUUUCCAUGCAUGCUAUAUUUUUACCACUUAGAUAAAUUUUUCUAAGUAUAAAAAUAAAUUUUGUUAUUGUUGGAUUUUAUCUGUAUGGUUACUCACCUUCCCAUUUUUUAUUUAUUUUUGUAGAUGAAUCGCUCUGAUUAUAGGGGAGGUGACAACCAUACGGGCUCUGAUACUUCUAUCCCGCAGUCAAUCGAGACUCCUCUAAACAGCGAUUCCUCAUCAAAAUCGUCCACCAGUUGUACUCCAGAGGACUGCCUUCGUCGCUUCAAGAGGAUCCUUCCCCGCUCAGCCCUGUAUUUCCUCCGUGAAGAACAGUUUCUUCAACAAGCCUCACAGUCGACGAUGAGGGUGAAGAAAUCUAAUAGACAUCCCAAGGACCAAGAUCCACAAGUUGCCCGCAGAGCGGUGCAAAAGGUGGUGGAACGCAGUGACGCCCGCACUACAACUUCUUCAGGAUCACCCUCUCAGAAGUUUUCCACCGUGAUCCAGAACUUGGCCAUUCAAAAGCCACGGAAGGGGAGAGAAGAAGAACCUUCCUGGUUCAUUGCCCAGCCUUCAAAACUUAAUUCCGGGUCGUUCCACAAACACAUCGAGGCUUUGGGUUUGAGUGGGGUGAACGUGAUAUGCCCGGGCCCUCAUCAGAGAGUCAAUAGGCCCGGGGGAGCAUACUGCGCCUGGUCCAGGCAUCAUAUCCAUGCAGGAGCGACACUUCCAUUACACCCCUAUUUCCGGUCUAUAGCAUAUUAUUUCAGUGUCUCCCCAUUCCAGAUCGCACCGAAUGGGAUCCAGGCAUUGUCCGCGUUGUACAUUCUCUACUUUCUGCAAGGUUGGGACGAGCCCACCCCUCACGAGGUACACUAUUUGUUCGACUUCAGGACUAACCCCACCCACAGGAACACAGGCUUCUUUCACCUCUAUCACAGGCAAAAGGGGAUUAGGUACCUUUGCGGUAUCGCACACAAGUCGAACCCCGGGAAAUAUUAUAGGGAAUAUUUCCUUACAUCAGAUAUCAAGGCCAACAACUUGGCCUUUACACAUGCGGGUCCGUUCCAGCGACCCUUGCCUACUGAAGGGAUGUUCAAUCGAGCGGAGGCGUUGGCUAGCAUGAGUACCGAGGAGAAAGACGUGAAAAAAUUGGUCACUGUGGACUACCUUAAGAUGGUGGGCCUGAUACCGUACGACCAAAACAUGGCGGUGGAAAGUACCACUGGGGAGAACAACACGACUGAUCAGUCCAAUGCGGGCACGGAGAUAGUGACUGACCAGUUUUCUCCUGGACCCUCUCCGCUUUCUCAUAGAUCUGGCGACCUUGUCAUUAGGGAGCCUCAGCCUGAGCCUCAGCACAGAUCUGCUAUUCCUGCUCGGUUCGGGAAAGGAAAAGCCAUCCAGAUUGAGAGAGAACUUAGCUCAUCUUCGGAUGACGAGGAUGACUUCAUUGAUCAGCUUCUCAACUCAGACUCAGAGAUGUUCAGACAUUGCAUCGUUCCUUCUGCUCCAAAAAGGAAGUCUGGCGAAGGAAGUGGUCUCACUCCUCCGAGGAAGGUCCCGAGGGCAGUGCCCCCGAGCCAGGGGAGACAACCUGAGGGGUCAGUGACGAUCCCGCAGUUGACCCCUUCGUCACUCCCCCCAUCAGCGAGCCUGACUCCCCCAGGCCCGUUCGGCCCGAGCGAGGCGCUCUCAGCUGCUAACACCAAACUCAGGGGGGCAGCUGAUCAGACCCUCCGUGAUUCAUCGACGAUUCAAGGCUUUGAAUCUUUUCCUCGACUCAGCGUUGACGUUUUCCUAGAUAGAGGGAUUGCUCAUCUAACAAAUACGCUUAUGACCUUCUGUCACGCCCAGCAACGAUCGGUCGAUUACAAGGAGUUGAUCAAGGUCCUAAAUGAUCAACUCGUGGAGGCUCGAGCGAAAACGGACGCUCUUCAGUCCAAGCUGGAACAGGCAGAGAAGAAUGUGACUGAGCAAAAGGAGUCUCUCAAGGGGUUGGCUGAUGGGAAUAAUCAGCUAACCCAAGCCAACAAAUCCUUGACUGAUCGGCUAGACGGACUGACUCGUGAGAACGAGGGCUUAGCUCGCGAGAACGAGGGACUGAUCAGCGAGAAUGAAGAGCUGAAGCAAGAGAAGGAGGCUGAUCUAACCCGUUACGAGGAGACCUGCUUCAACUGCUUCUACCAGGUGUGGAAGCUAAAUAAACCCCUCAAGCUUGACUUUCUGACCGACGAGAUCCAGGCAGAGAAGCUUGCCAGAUGUGAGGCCAGGGCUACUGAGGAAGUUGCUAAUCCUACUGGUCCUGCACCUGCCUCCUCUACACUAUCAUUCCGAGCGAGAGGAGCAGCUGAAGCCGAGGAGGGAGUUGAUCAGCCUACCAGAGCAGCACGCCAGUGACUCCUCAUCUUGCUAGAGCGCUCCUGCAUGACCAGUUGUAGUCCUACCAGUUUUUAUCAUAGUUUGUUUUAUUUUUUAUAUUUUUGCUCGUAUGAUUGAGCUUUUUGGCACUUGCACUUUACUUUUGGUUUUUGGCUAGCUUGAAACUUUUAUGUCUUUUUACAUUUAAGACAUUACAAGCUUAUUGUGAAUAGUAAAGUUUCUAUAUGCCUUAAACUUUCACAUGAGUAUUUAGUUUUCUAACUUAGAAAUUCUAAACAUUUCAUAAGUCCAUACUAAAUAUACUUCCUCAUGCUCUUAUUGCUCUAACAUUUUAUGAGCAUAACUUUUA